AAAUCCAAAAAAAUCAAUUUAGUCAUAAUGACAAAAGCUAAACAUCAAGAUCACUCGAUAAUACGAUUAAACAUGAAUAUUUAAAGUAAACAAUAAGGCUGAGACGUCAGUCAUAAACAGGAAGUAGUCAGGUAAAAUACCGGAAGUUGCUUUUGUUGACGGGCUGCUAGCCGCAUAGCUGCUGUGAUCUGGGGUUGUUAUUACGUUCUCUUUACAGUUCCAAAACUUGUCAUUGAAUCUAAGGUCCGUUCACACGGACACAACGCUCGUCUCGUUUCACCAUAAGAGUGUCGUGAGAGUUAAACAGUUUGUAUAUUCCGGUAAACUAGACCAACGAGCGCUUUGUGAUAGCUUAGCUCUGCGGCUAACCCUUAGCCCAUCUCGCGAUAGCUUAACUUAGAUAUUGGCUAACCGCUAGCCCCUCUCGCGAUAGCUUAGCUUUGCGGCUAACCCUUAGCCCCUCUCGCUGUUGGCUCUAAAGUCAGAUCUCAUAUCGAUACUGUCAUCGUAUAUCGACCCUGUCUGAUCAGUUUAGUGAUUUAAGAUCACCCCAGCCAAGUGUCCGUCAUGGCAGUGGUCAACGAUGGCGCCCUGAAGAAAAUGCUGAAGCAAUACCGAUACAAGGAGAUGACAGUCCGAGAGAUCACCAACGUCAUCUCCCAGUACAAGGACCUCAAGCCUGUCAUGGACUCUUAUGUGUUCAACGAUGGCUCCACCAGAGAGCUGAUGAGCUUGACGGGGACGGUUCCCGUUAGCUACAGAGGAAACGUGUACAACAUCCCCGUGUGUCUGUGGCUGCUGGACACCUACCCCUACAACCCCCCCAUCUGCUUCGUCAAGCCCACCAGCGCCAUGAUGAUCAAAACGGGUAAACAUAUCGACGCCAACGGCAAGAUCUACCUGCCGUACCUCCACGAGUGGAAACACCCCCAGUCGGACCUGUACGGCCUCAUCCAGGUGAUGAUCGUGGUGUUCGGGGACGAGCCCCCGGUCUUCUCCCGGCCCACCACGCAGGCCCCCCAUCAGGCCUUCCAGGCCGCCGGCCCCCCUAACCCCUCUUACAUGCCUGGCCUGCCUGCCGUUUCCCCCUAUGGACCGAAUGCCAACCCUGGCGGUUACCCUGGUUACCCGUACCCAGGGGGGAGCGCGUACCCGGCGGCGGCGGUACAGGGCCACUACCCGUCUCAGACCCCGGGCUCCGCUGUCGGCCCCAGCCGGGACGGCACCAUCGGGGAGGACACCAUCCGCGCCUCGCUCAUCUCGGCGGUCAGCGACAAGCUGCGCUGGAGGAUGAAGGAGGAGAUGGACCGCGCCCAGGCCGAGCUGGACGCCCUGAAGAGGACCGAGGAGGACCUGAAGAAGGGCCACCAGAAGCUGGAGGAGAUGGUCACGCGCCUGGACCAGGAAGUGAGCGAGGUUGACCGAAACAUGGAGCUGCUGAAGAAGAAGGACGAGGAGCUGAGCGAGGCGCUGGAGAAGAUGGAGAACCAGUCGGAGAACAACGACAUCGACGACGUCAUCGUGCCCACGGCGCCGCUCUACAAGCAGAUCCUCAACCUGUACGCCGAGGAGAACGCCAUCGAGGACACCAUCUUUUACCUGGGCGAGGCCCUGCGCCGCGGCACCAUCGACCUGGAGGUCUUCCUCAAGCACGUGCGUCUGCUGUCCCGGAAGCAGUUCCAGCUGCGAGCGCUGAUGCAGAAGGCCCGCAAGACGGCUGGCCUGAGCGAGCUCUACUGACCGGGACCCCCCCCCCACGAGCUCUACUGACCCCCCAGGGCCGCGUCUCUCCCUCUCUGCGCCUCCUACUCUCAAUCAGUCCUCUUCUUCUCUUCUCUGCUCCCUCCUCCAUUCGAAGCAUCAAACCUGUGUUUGAAGAGCGGCCAAUUAAUCCCCCGUCUUCAGCGCACUCAACCAGCUCGGUGUCUCUCUUGAAGUCUAUGUCGAGCACUGUCCCCCCCUCCCCCCCCUCAAAGCCAAAGGGUUGAUAAUAGCGGGCGUACUUUUCUACAUAUCCGGGUCACAUUGGUACAAAUAUCCAGCGCUGGUUCUAAACAGGAAGUCAGGAUCCGGGCCGUGAGACACGAUGAGGCCCCCCCCCCCCCACGCCGGAACCCUGAGGAGUGUGGGAAGAAGUUUACCAAUUUUUAUAAAAAUCUAAAGAGACACUCAA